AUGGUAGAUGCUUAUACAUCCCUUAUUAUGAAUAAACCAGCGCAUCUAACUGAUCAGAAAACUGAUGAUGAAAAAUUGGUGUAUGUUGAAUGGGUAAAGAGCAAUCGCAUAUGUUUACUGUCCAUGAAGAGGUCAAUCAAAGAUCACCUAAAAAGUGAUUUUCCUGCUAAUUGCACUGCUAAGGAGAUGAUGGAUGCAGUAGCACUCAGGUAUAGAGUCUCAUCAAAUGCUGAAAUAGGAAUUCUUCUGCAAAAACUUUUCAAUUUGAGGUAUGAUGGUUCUAGAGGUGUUAGGGACUAUAUCAUUUGGAUGGUGGAUUACCAAACCAAACUUAAAGCUUUAAAUAUUUCUCUUCCUGAUCCUUGCAUUGUCCAUCAAGUCUUGAAUACCCUUCCUUCUGAAUUUGGGAUCAUCAAAAUCAAUUAUAACUCCCAAGAUGAAACCUGA